UGAAAUCAGUAAUUUUAUUGAUUAAGGAGUACUUACUAAAAUUCCAUCAUGGCCGACUUCCGUACGUUCUUUCCACAUAGGAAGUCUCCCAAGUGGCAUCCCAAAACGUUGAUUCGUAGUUCAACCACAACGGAACGAUGUCGGGAGGACUAGAUGUGUUGUCCCUCAAAGAGGAUGAUGUUACGAAAAUGUUGGCGGCAUGUACCCAUUUGGGUUCUGAGAACGUCAAUUACCAAAUGGAGCAGUAUGUCUACAAACGUCGUGUGGACGGUGCUGGAGUGAAUGUCAUCAAUCUCCGUCGUACAUGGGAGAAACUUCUCUUGGCUGCUCGUGCGAUUGUCGCUAUUGAACACCCCAGUGAGGUCUUCGUGAUCAGCUCCAGGCCCGUUGGACAGAGGGCUGUCCUCAAGUUUGCAGCGCACACUGGAGCUACACCCAUUGCUGGACGAUUCACCCCUGGUGCAUUCACCAAUCAGAUCCAAGCUGCUUUCCGUGAGCCUCGUCUGCUGAUUGUCACCGACCCAGCAUCCGACCACCAGCCCAUUACCGAAGCGAGCUACGUCAACAUCCCAGUCAUUGCAUUCUGCAACACUGAUUCACCCCUCAGAUUCGUUGACAUUUCCAUUCCAUGCAACACCAAGAGUCUGCACAGUAUCGGUCUCAUGUGGUGGUUGUUGGCACGUGAAGUACUCCGUCUUCGUGGCUCAAUCCCACGCGAAUCCAAAUGGGAUGUUGUCGUCGAUCUGUUCUUUUACAGAGAUCCUGAGGAGGCUGAGAAGGAAGAGCAAGCAGCCAAGGAAAUUGCUCCACCGCCAAAAGAAUUUACUCCAGCUGAGCCAGCAUCGACUGACCCUGGCUGGGGCAAUGAGGUUGAUGCAACUCCAGCACCUGAAAACUGGGCUGACGAUUCUGCCCCAGCACCAGCUGCUGCACCAGCUCCAGCUCCAGCUGCAUUUGCCCCUGCCAGCGACUGGGCCACCCAGGUACAAGACGAAUGGUCUGCCACUCCAGCACCAGCUCCUGCUGCCCAAGCACCAGCUCAGAACUGGGGUGGAUCUGCCGCCGAGAAAUGGUCGUAAUGACAUUCUCGUUGACACUGAGACGCAAAUUUGUAUGAGAAUAUAAUAAACAGGACAAAACUAACUUCUCU